AUGGAAUCCCAGGACGGAAUUUCCGUCCGGCCUAUGAGGCUGAAGGUGCUCUAUACGUUCGACGAGUCCAGCAAGACCAAUUGCUUGGCCCGGUGGCCCCAUCUCCUCGACAUCCAGACCGCCGCCCUCGACGAGAAGCUGCAGAUCGGUGUCAUCGAGCUGAAAACAUGCAUCCAGGCCAUUGUUUCGGCAAGCCCGGAACUGGUUGCCAAGCUCGGACAGGACUACACCGUCUACGCCUACGAUUACUCCGAGUAUGAGACGCCUCUGGUCGGACAGGGAAUGCUGUCGUGGGUGCUUGCGUCGGCUUCUCCCACUCCCGACGCCCCCGCCCAUCAGUCGAAAACCAUGGUUACCGGUCGAGUGUGCAAGAACGUUCUGGGUCUAUUUUCCAAGGGUGCUCAGGAGACGUUGGAGGUGAAAUUGCGGUUGGUGCCGGUCCCCACCGUCCUGCAGAGCGAGUAUCUCGAGAGCAUGCAGAAGUACCGGGAAUUGAGCAACGUCAUUCCUCACGAAUUCGACGCCCAGGCUUGGACGAGUUUUGUGCGGCAAAACCCGGGUUUGGUGUCUCCCCGCGAGCAGCAGCCGGACCCCAUAGCAUCACCAGUGGAUCAUGCCGGAAUUGAGAGGUUCCACCAAUUGCUCAGUGAAGGGUCGACGCCAAGGGAGCUACCAUCAAUGGCUGGAAAUGCGUCGAUACGCUCGGCUUCCCCCGCGCAGUCGGCGCUCGGCCCCGUGAGCAGAAUCCCCACUCCCGCGCAGCAACACGAGCAUACACAGCAACUUCAGCACCAGCAAGACCGUUUACACAACGAUGCCAUCCGGCCCGGCUCCAGUGCUUCGAUGCGUGACUCGGAUCUCCCCGCUCACUCGAGAUACCCCCCCAGUCGUCGAGGCUCCAUUCAAUCAGGCUACGGCAGUGGCGACGAGUCUUCGGAACAACAACCCCGCAAACGGGCCAAACUGUACCGGGCAGAGUGGCCUGGAAAGUCCGACUUGAAUAUCGAGAGACAACCCAGCUCUCUGCGGGUCGCCGCCAGCACCGCAGCCUCUGUUCGAAUCCAUCGCCCUACUCCGGUCAACCCCGCCAUUGCUGCUGCUCAGAACUCGAAUGAAGAGCCCGUUCGCCCCCCCACCCCAAUCUCUAACUCACAUGAUAUCGCUCGUCGCGCACGGCCUCCUCCCAGCUUGCUCCGCGAGUCAUCCCUUCACACGCCCUACACCUCUCCGUAUCCUAUGAGCGAUGAUCACCCCACCGGCGAUAACCAGUCUCCUGAGUCGCGCUACCAGGGCCUCUUCGAGCCUUCGUUCAGUAUGCCAUCGUCGCCUCCCGUUCUCGACUGCGGGUUUCCAGGCCGCUCCAGCCCUGUCCUUCCGCCCAUGGCCGAUUCGGGCUUCAUGAGUGGUGGUAUGGAUGAGCUGCUGGAUGAAGAAAUCGGCACCCCUCUGAACGAUUCAACUGGCGCAGGCAGAGAGAAGCGGUUUGUCCGUCCUGCUGCACAUGCCAGCUCGCCUAUCACCGCGCCCGCCAACAUGGAGAACUUCCCGGCCAGCGACGCUCCAGACCAAUCUGGAAAGGAAAGAACACCCGCUCCAAUCCGCGCACCAGCCAGCAACGCCGGCUCGAGGCCGUCUUCUCGAGCUAGUAUGAGACAAGCUCCUAAGCCGCUUGCACCUGCACCCAUGUCGCAGAGUGAGCUCGAGCAGCUGAUCAGCGCCAUUCCCGCCAGCGAUCCAAUCCUGCCUUCUCAUGUCAACACGCACAACUCCCAGGCCUGGGCCGGACCGAUGAGUGACUACAAUGGUGCUGAGACCCCGGCCCCGCAGCCUGUACUCGAGGAUGGCAAAAUCCGCAGUGGCACAGGCGCUCGCCGGUUGCGACAGGUUCAAGCACGUCUCGAUCGGUGCAUCCGUAGCGGUCAGGUCCCACCUUACUGCGAAAAUUGCGGUGCCAUCGAAACCCCCACCUGGCGCAGAGCGUGGUCGAAAGAGUUCGAAGGCAACGAAGACGACGCUAAUAAACUCACGGAGGAUCCUACCAUGUUGUUCUGGCAGGCUGUUGAACGUGACGAUCAAGAAAAGGUCACCAAGUUCAAGGUCUACAAGAAGAGCCUAGCCGACACCGACAACGACUUUGUUCAGGUUCUUCUUUGCAACCCCUGUGGUCUUUGGCUGCACAAGUUCAAGUGCAUGCGCCCGGAAAAUAAAUGGAAUAAGACCGCCAGCAACAAGAGAAAGCGUCCUCCAAGGAACCGCAAGGGAGGCGGCCCGCUCUCGACCAACAACAACAACAACCCUGCAACGAGACACCGUGCCCGGGCCGAGUCCUCCAAAGCGGAAGAAUCGUCUCCUGGAGCGUCUGAUGCCUCUUCCCCUGCGGUGGACGAUGCCACUCCCCGUGGCGAUAAUGACAGCAACGAGGCUGGGAACAACAACGAGCAGGAUCAUGCCGGGACCCAGGAGCAGCCUGCCAAGCGGCGCCGUGCCAACAGCCUGGAGCCGCGCAAGUCGAACGACACCGCGGCCAGUCGCUGGCAGGAGCAAGACCCGGUGGCUGCUCUCCGCGACGCGAUCCAGUCUAGUCCUGCGAGAAACGUGGUGGGGCGCAAUGCUCCGGCGGCAGGCGAGAAUGCUCUUACUCCCAAGUCAGUGAGAAGAGUGCUUUUUCCUAACUCCCAGAAUGAAAGUGGACCGUUGAGAGCAUUGGGUGACUCAAGCGUCAACAGCCCACGCCGCAGCCCCCGCAGUUCCCGGGCGGCCGAAAAGCAGGCUGACGAUAAAGAGAACCAGACGGCGACCAAUCUGGACGCACUCUUUGAGAGCCCGAGUUUCGGAUUCGACCUGCCCGUGAGCCCGACCCCUCGGCGACGCAAUCAGCGGUCGGGUCUGUUGAGCGAGAAGCGCCUUUCCUUGCCGUGCAUCUCCCCUUCAGCGAAGGCACGGAGAGGAGUCGCUGCGGAUACGUCCCCUACCAGACUCACUGCGCAAAGACUUCAGCGCAUCCAGAGCAGCCCUGGCCCCAUGCCGCGUCAGCACAAGACCCCGAAGCAGGCUCGAUCGACCUUGAGUGACCUUCAGCUGCCUGUCAACGCUUUCGGCGGUUUCGGGGGGAUGGACAGCAUGAUCGUUGACAUCUUCUCCGACGCGCCUUCGGCCGCAGCCACGGACGCACUGUUCGGAAUUGAUAAGUGUGCUGCGGGCAACAGCUGGCCUGACUGGAUUCCGUCCGAUUAUGUUUCUCCCACUGGAUCCGAGGGCGAGGCGGGCAACGGAGACUCGGGAGCGAGUGGGGACGACCCGCGGGAUCUGCUCAACGCGCUCAUGGCCGACCCGGAGCUCCAAAAGACCAACCAGUUUGAUAUCUUCAAUUAUGUUGAAACGAACGUGCUCGACUCCGGAUUCUUCAGCUCCGACGCCAUCAAUCCUGAGACAGUGCCGGCACUGGGUGUCAAAGACAAGGCUGCGGAGUCCGGCACUGGGCACGAGGCACAGCCGAGUGCCAAUGAUGUGUGA